GGAGCCCCCUGAACGGGUUUUAUCGUUUCACAGCCAAGUCCUAGUUAUUUUCUACAGUCGACUAAAGCGCGUUUAAAGCAGAAGUGUGUGUGAGUGUGUGUGUGUUGUGAAUGGUCGGUGCAUCUUCCUGGGAUAUUAUUUGUUUAGUGUGCCGCUCGUUGCGCUGCUCAGGCCGGGAGGAGAGCGGCGUUUUUGGGGCUGAAGCGGAGCGGGUUAUUGUGGGGUAAAUAAACUACGGCUGGCUGGUGCCGUGACCCGCAGAUGGGAAGGGGCAACGGGCGGCUUGGGGCGGCGAUAACUGCGCGGAUAAGCCUGGAUACGUCUGGGUAAAGAGUCCCCUGACACUUUUCUGAUCUUCUGUCCAGCGCUGGAAACGCUGAGGAGCCGGAGAGAAAACACACACGGCUUUAGGGCGAGGCCUGCACCGGCUAGCGGCUCCCAUAGACAGAUAGAUAACUAACGCUGGCUAAGCUACAGCAUUAGCCGUGUGGAUAUUUCUGCUGAUUUUUUUUCUGGAAUUUUCUCCACGGCUGUCUCAUUGUGGAUUCAUCUUCAAGAUGCAGUAGAGGAGCACCGUGGAAACCACCCUGCAUGCUGGUUAACGUCUCCUGUUGUACCUGUAACCUCUGCCCAUUAACGUUGGUCUUGCUGCUCCUCUCUGUGCUGGUGGCCCUUUGCUUCGGGCCAGAACCAUGUGAAACCCUUCUUGUACAGCUCUGAGUGGACUGUAGGACUAUUGCAGUACUGCCCCCUGACGUCUAGGGGCUCCCUGUUUACCUCCUCUCUGAGCGAAGACUCUGCCUCAACCCGAUCUAGACUAAAGUCCCGUUAACCUGGCCCCCUGCCCUCCAUAUCCCGAGAGCUUUCUGUUAGCGUUCAGGGCUAGCCAUGAUGUUCCGGGACCAGGUGGGGAUUUUAACGGACUGGUUUAAGGGCUGGAAUGAGUGCGAACAGACGGUGGCGCUGCUGUCGCUGCUGAAGAGGGUUUCGCGGACUCAGGCUCGCUUCCUCCACAUCUGUCUGGAGCACUGGCUGGCGGACUGCACGGAAAUUCACUUACUGGAGGCCGAAGCUAACAAUGCAGCCAUCGUCAGUCAGUGGCAGCAGGAGCCGAAGGAAAAGGCCGUUUCCCUGCUGCUGUCUCACCUGCCACUGCUGCAGCCGCGGAACAGCGAGGCCAAGUGUGAGUACAUGAACCUGCUGCAGAAGGUGCUGAGCCACACCAUCGAGAGCAGCCUAUUUGUGGAGGAAAGCCGGCAGCUGCUGUCCUAUGCCCUCAUUCACCCGGCAACCACGCUGGAGGACCGCACCAACCUCGCCCUCUGGCUCAACCACCUGGAGGAGCACUUGUCGGCACGCCCCCCUCCUCCGCCUGGACCGUACCACCAUGCCCGACAGGGCUCGGACGAGUGGCCUGGGCCCACAGAGUCUUUAGAGGCACACGGAUGGCACGAUAAACCUCCCUCAACCUGCAGCUCGCCUGCUGGGCAGAACGGGCACAUGGCCUUCCCGGGCACGGGCGGGGUUCCCUCACCCAUCAACAUCGGUAACAGUAAGGGUCUCCCUGGUCAGGUACAGUCGAGCUGUCUACAGCGAUCCAUGUCCCUCGUUCCCGCCAGCUCUGAUUGGCUGAGCCAGGAUGAGGCGGGCGGUCGACAAGGAGUGGGCGGAGCCGAACAUGCCCCUCUCUCGCCGCAGGGCAGCGUAGCAUCAUCGGGCAGCGAACAGACCGAGGAACAGGCCAACACACGUAACACCUUCCAGGAGGACGGCAGUGGCAUGAAAGAUGUGCCGACAUGGUUGAAGAGUCUCCGUCUGCACAAGUACGCAUCACUUUUCUCUCAGAUGAGCUACGAAGAGAUGAUGAUCCUAACCGAACAGCAUCUGGAGUCACAGAACGUGACCAAAGGAGCCCGGCACAAGAUAGCGCUGAGCAUUCAGAAGCUGAGGGAGAGACAGAGUGUCCUCAAGUCUCUCGAAAAGGAUAUUCUAGAAGGUGGAAACGUUCGGAACGCUCUGCAGGAGCUGCAGCAGAUCAUCAUCACCCCAAUCAAAGCUUACACCCCCCCAAACACUGCCCACAGAGAGGCGGAGCCUGGAGCCACGCCCACAGACAAGGCAGGCAACCCUGUAGAAGACAAGGAUGCAUCUGUGGAAGGAUUCCAGACACACAAUCCUCCUCCGUGCGAUGGGGAGUCGUCAGCUGCACCGAUUUCAGAAGGAGAUAUCGCGGGACAGUUCACUCGGGUGAUGGGGAAAGUGUGUACUCAGCUGCUGGUCUCCAGGCCAGAUGAGGAGAACAUCAGCUGCUACCUGCAGCUCAUAGAGAAGUGUUUAACACAUGAGGCGUUCACUGAGACGCAGAAGAAGAGGCUUGCAUCAUGGAAACAGCAGAUGCUGAAGCUGCUCCGCCUCUUCCCUCGGAAAGCCAUGCUGGACAUGCCCAUGUACCGACAGAAAGGGUGGGCGUACGGCUCCAACUCUCUGCCCACAGCAGGUUCUGUGAGUGGAGCCCUGGGCCGUCGGGGGCAGAGGCAGUUCCCUAUCCCGCCACGGGGGGCGCUGCCCCCUAGUCGCAUCAGCCUCAUGACCUCCGGGGGAAUCACAGGAGCCUCGCCUAGACACACACUCACCAACCCAGCCGCGCUUGCAGGACAGGGCAGACAGAACCUGUGGUUUGGGAACCCUGGAGGCAGCAACAGCAUGCCCAGCCAGAGCCGCAGCUCAGUGCAGAGAACACACUCUCUACCAGUGCACACGUCCCCGCAAACCAUGCUUCUAUUCCAGCAACCAGAAUGCCAGGUUCCAGGGACCGGGGAUCUGGAGAUUAACCCAACAUUGGAGUCACUGUGCCUCAGUAUGACAGAGCACGCCUUAGGGGAUGGAAUGGACAGAACAUCAACAAUAUGAAAAUAAAUAGCAAUGGAAAGGAAUAAUUUUGCGAUCUCACACUUCACUUUUGCAACAGAGUCGUGUGUGUGUGCGGUGCCCGCGGCCCCCAGAGCGUACAUACAUGCUAAACAAACAACAAACAAAAAACUAAGCAAAGCAACACGAGUCACUACAAAAAGAAAUGACAGAAAACUAACUGUGUAUAUGUUCUCUUGAUAUUUUUCUACUUUAUUAUACUUAACUAAGUUUAUUAUAAAUGGAAUACAGAUGACUAUUAUAUGAAGGGAGAAGGAGGAGGGUUAGUGUGCAGAAACUAGUGUGCUUAGUGUCCUCCUACAGAACUGCCUCAGACAGCCUGAGAGAGGCGCUCUCGCUCAUAUUUGCACCGAAAAGGAAAAGCGCUUCGCUCCCUCUGAGCCUCAAACCCAGUCUUCCUUCUGCUUGUUUCCCCUUGUUCCCUUCCUGACAGAUUAUAAGACGCAUCAUAGGUCUGUGAACUCUUUAAAGAAGGUUUUUAAAGGUUUAGAUCAGUAGUGCUCAUGAAAGUGAACAGCCACCAGUACAGAUUUUAUAUAAUGCUAUUUAGUGGCUAAUAAUUUAGCCACACCUUUCAUUUCUACUAACAUUAUCAUCACUGCUUGGAUCUGGGUGUUAUGUAAAAUUAUAGCUCAACAUGUUAAUGUUCACUGAUUACCUCCUUUUAUCUUUAGGAUAAUGUGUGCACAUUAUUGUUAAUAUUAUUAGUGGUGUAUUUUUAGGUGGACUAUUCAUUGUUUGGAAACAUUUUCAUUAUUAAUGCUUCACUGAAUCCACCUUAUUCUGCCACACCCACUUUCAGGACUUCAUCAGUUCAUAUUAAAUGUUUUUGGCUGAAUUGCACUUAAAGUAAAUGCAGUCUGAAGAAUCCACUACUGUGGACACUGAUCGUAAUGGAAACGCUACAGUUCAGCAAAAUAUUAAACGCUGUUUACAGCUAUUUGGGAGACACCGCAUACAAUAGUUUUAACUAGGUUAACUAGUUAACUAUGUAACAUCUCUAGUGCCUUUUAGAGAAGAUGAACUGCAUGUGUGGUUGAAGGGAGAUCAAUUUAAAACGUCUAUUUGAACAUCCAUACGUCUGCUUUUACUAUUCUGUGCAGGGAAACAGCAGUGCUGUUUUGAGGCUGUUGGAGACGUAAACUUAGCUAGUUUAAGGGCUAAUCUACAAGUGUAUUCCAGGGAGUACGGGGCUUCACCUUAGCUUUCGUAGCCACCGUAGAAUCGAUCUGUUUCUUUCGGUCAGGAUAUUUUAAUAUUGGUUUGUCCUCCACUAAAUGAUGAGAGCAGAUAUAUGGACGUUUGGGUGGGUCUUUUAUAAUUUGGCUCCUUCAACCACAGAUGCAGAUGCUCUUCUGUCAAAGAAGGUGGUGGAAGAAAGUUAAAUGGAACUCCAAAACACUGUAAUCUUUCUGUCUUUGGUUCAAAACACUGAUGUACAAGCUAAAUUCUCUUUUUCUAAUUACUGUAACACCCCCUAAAUAACUCUGUAUAUUAUUAUAUUGCUCAUUCUGUACGAUUACUGUGGGUGUAAUCUAUAUGUCGGAGCAAAACUUUCAACAUAAAGUAAAGAAACGUGACCCCUCAUUAUCAUCAUGCAGAAUAAGGUGGAUACUUUGAUCAAGCUUUCUAAUAUUCUAUGACUGAAACACAUGGAGAAACAACCCUAUCACCCCAGCUUUCAUUACUAUACUAGUUACUAUAUUGGUUUUACUAGCUUGGUCAUACUGCACUGCAAACAUUUCUCUCUUAAAUCCAGUUUAAAUGUCUAAUAUUUUUGCAUUGUUGUCAGAAUAUAAUAAGAGAAUUUGACUCCUUAUCUAAACUUUUUCCUUGUUUAAAGCAAUUUAAUAUACUGAAGGUGUCCUAUUGUAUUGGCAGAUAGUUUGUGCAUGUUUUAGGCAUUAUUUCAUUACAAACUAAUACAUUUCCUUGCCCAAGCAAAAUAAUCUGCCAAUGCAAUAAGACACUCAUAGUAGAUUAAAUCACUAAACCCUCUAUGGCUUAAAUAUAUAUAUAUUUUUAAAGGAAAAUAAUAACCACCACUGAUUAUUCCCCCUAAAAAAGUUUAUUUUCGCUGUAAUAACCAACAAAAUAAAUGUGAUAUUUUGUGACAAAAAAAAAAGUACAUUAUAAUAUUUAUGAGCUUUGUGGAAUAACCAAAAAAAAAAAACACCAGGGCAACACCAUGCCAUAAGAGGUUAAAAUGUUAAAAAUUAGUUAUUAAUUCUUAUAAUAUUUCUUUAGUGAUCUUUAAAUGAUACAUGUUUGAAAGAGAGUACACUUGCUGAGAAUAUAAUGUUUUGCAGUGUGGUUGACUAGCUUAAUCAAAUUGGAUGUGAUUAUAGUCGAGUAGUCCAUCAAACUCAAAUUAAAAACAUACUCUAUGCUGUCAGAUUAAAGAGAAAUGUAAUUGGCAGCAUUGCUGCAGUGUCCCAUUACCCCCUGUUUAGGGCUUUAAGGGGAAGGGAGCGAGUUGGGAGACUGGUAGAGGGAGUGAUCUGAGCUGAGCUCGGUGAGGGUAUUGGCGGAGAGCGGGUGCUGUAUUUAAGGGCUCGUUAGCUGUUCAUUUAACACACCAACAGUUGUGAAAGCGUAGACACGCCGGUUAAAGCAGCAAUCCAGUGUAAAAUGGAUUUUGGGUUUAGUGAAACAUGAUAAUGAGUACAUACCUUUGUCAAAUAGUCCACCAUUAUGUUCCCAACAGGCCUACAAUGCUGGCAACAGGGGCAUAGCAUUGCCUAUGCCAAGAAAUGGCUAUUUUUACACCAUUGUCAAUUUUAAAGUAGCUCCACAUUUCAAUGGUAGAACAUUUUGAGGGUCCUGCCAUUUAAAACGAGGCACUUAUUAAAAACACUGUUUUCACACCUUCAGGUAGUUCUCCGGCACCAGCUUUCUGAAAUUGAAGGAGUUUCCCCACCAGCACUAUGUGGUCCGGUUAAAUUGGACUGGUUUGUUGGCGUUUUCGGUGCAGUUUGUUUGGGCAUGUGUGAAACCAAAAAAUGGGUCUAAUUGCACUUUGAAGCGGACCACCCAACUACCAGACAUACUCCUCAUGUUUGUGCUAAACGGCUGUUCAGGUGCAGUUUAACCUGGUUUAUUACCCAUGUUAUUAUUAUUACUACAGCUAAUAACUAAUUCUAAUCUCUGCUGCUGCUCCAUGUUAAGCUAUUUUCACCCUGAACAUUAUAUAUACAGUGUGUUCUGUAUUCAGUGUUAAAGCAGCUUAACUGCACUGAUAUAUGUGCUGGUCUGGAACACAGAACCUUCUUGCUGUAUUUACUUAUAUAUAUCAGGCACCCAUGCCAGACAGCUCUGGCCAAUCAGAGUAAACUUGUGCUUGUGUGCUUUGUUGGGCUGCGUUUUAAAGAGUAGGAUUUUUGCCUAUGUGAAAACAAACCAAACCAAGGGAGACAUAACCAACUCCAAGUAAACAAACUCCUUAACUAAUUCUGACUGGAUUUAAACUACAGGUGUAAAAACAUAAGUCACAGUAAGUCAUGAUAAGUUGAUUAAGUAAAAAAUCGCAAAAUAAUUAAUAAUUCUUUGAAAAUGUAUGAAUUUCAGCUGCUGCUGAAAAAUUUAUGGUGGCUGUCCAUAAUUUACAAAUUUAUAAUCUUAUAAACUUAGCUCAAAAGGUUUUUCUACUUUAGUUACUCAUCAGUUGACUUGUCUUUAUAAUAAUCUAUCUGUGCAAAGUUCUCAGUGCCUGGUUUUUAAAUGUCAGGGCCUCAGAAUUCUACUAAUGAAGUUUUGAGAUACUUUGAGUUUGUUAAUGGGGUAAAAAUUGCCAUUUCUUUGCAUGGGCAAUGCUAUGCCCUCAUCACUAGCAUUGUGGACUGUUGGGAGGGUCGGCUAAAUUUGUAUUUUGUAUUUUGGAAUGCUGUUGGGCUAUUUGACAAAAGGUCAUACUCUUCCUUAUCAUGUUUCACUAAACCCCGUGUCCAUUUCACAUCGAAUUUCUUGUUUAAUGUUCACACACACACACACAAACCCACGCACACACUAUACACACACUCUCGCUCCAUACCCCUCAGUACUGACACGCUGCAUGAGAAGCUUUAGGGCACUUUGUGAAUUCCGUUGGCAGAUUUGUUUUGUUUAUUUUUGUUAUUUUUUUUUUUUCCCUUUUUGUUUUAUUUUUACUUUUUAAAGGGCGACACACACACUCUCGCACACACACUUCUAAAGCUGCGACGGUGUCGUCGCUGGCUGUUUCUUGAUGAAGACUUUUGUUACCAGCAUCUUAAUUUAGUGUUGUUGUUCUGUGAUGAAGAAUCUCUGGGGAGGUGGGAUUAUUAUUGUUAUUAUUGUUAUUAUUAUUAUUAUUAUUAUUAUAUUAUUAUUUUGUUUGUUUGUACGUUUUCUUUUCUUUUUUGGAUUCGAUAUUUUGGACCCUGAUGGAUUAAGCUCUGUGGUUCUGUCUUAAGACCCCCCCCCUUUCCUCCCCCUCACACAACGUGACAAGGCACAAACUCUAACAUUCCUUUGUUUUCAGGCUUCUCAAACAUCCCAGAGAAGAAAGUGCGGACCUGGUGAAUGCUCCAGCUAUUCCAGCUGUAUUCCAGCUGUUGAGACAGCUGCCCUUUUGAUAUUCAGACUCGUUUGUCGUCUUGCUUGCGUUCAUUCGUGUGCUCUUUGGCCGGACUUCAGAAUCAUAAGAAACGUACAUGUGAAACGGUGUCCCAUAUACCUUUACCUUUAUAUAUGACCAUACGUAUAUACGUAUAUAAAUUCUUGUUGCACAUACUGUUAUGUGUAGGUACCUGUGUACAUUUCAUAGCACUUGAACCAUCACUACAGCAGACGUUUGUUCUAAAACCAGGGUUCUAAACCAGGGUCCAGAACCUACGCAGAUGGAUGCUGGGCUAACACACAUCUCUGUGCAAAUAUUCAGGUAUAUGGUGGAUGUUCCCUAAGGGGAGGUUCCUUGCAUUGUAGGCGCAUAAAGGGGUGCUGGGGUUUGGUCGAGCUGUAACAGUCUCUGCUUGUUGCAUCUGCAAAUCGUGAUUGGCUUGGUGCAGAUGCUAACACCCUAACAAUGUAUAAAUGCUCACAACAGCAUGAGACCCGAGAGAGGACGUGGUCUCAGUCCGGUUUUAAACGAAAAUCAGGCAUGGUUGUGUUUUGUUGUGAGAAUGCGUUGGAUCAGUUGCUGCUCAGGUGCAGUUUAACCUCCAAGUAAACAUUUAUCCACUGAUCCAACCUCAAAUACAACAGCUGUUAAGGUGCAGUUUAACUGAUUUAUUACCCAGAUACAUACUUUUAUGUGCAGCGCUCGCCACUCCCAAUCGCCACGCAUCCCUUUAAAAUCAAUGUAUUUAAAAGCGCAGCAGCAAAUUUUCUGUACAACUAUAUGUGCUGGUCUGGUACACCGAACCUGUAUUUACUUUCUUACUCUCGCGCCAGACAGCUUUGACCUAUUAUACGAUUAUAAUUUGCAUGGUUUGUUUGGGCAUAAUUUGAUGCAUUUUUUUUAUGCCAGUGUGAAAACAAACCAAACCGAAGGGGGAAACGCUUCAAGUAAACUUAUCAACUGUUUUGGACCAGAGAAACCAAUUAAAGGUGUGAAAACGCACUUAAACUUCCUUACAGAGUUUAAAGGGAAGGUAGUUUCACUUUGAGUUUCAGCUAAAAGCUAAAACAACAGCUGCAGCAUGGUACUGGCCAUUUGAUCACUACAGUCCAGCAGUUCACACAGUUCAACAGUUCAUCUCUGCAAAUGUGAAUUUACUACCUACUAUGUUCUACAAAACAAAAAAUUAACAUCAAUGUUUAAACCUUUACCGAAUCCCCACACGUCGAAAUAGGAUAUUUUUUUGUUUGGGUGUUUUGGCCUUCUGUCUGUGUGGAGACGUACAGUUGUUGUUAACUUAAACAAAUCUUUUCUAAAACGCUCUCAAAUAUUUUUUAAUUAUUGCUUAUAACUGAAAACUGAGCUUUAUGAAAAUACUGAUGUCACAACUUUUGUAGAUGUUUCUGGCUGAAUGUUUCUCUCAAAAACUCCACCCACAACUUCUACAACACUACUACUGGCGAAGAUCUACCACAAAUCUCAUCUCUACUUGUAAAGAGAGAUUAAAACAGAGUUACUACGACCACCGCCAACCACUUCGUAAAAAUUCAACAUAAACCUUUUUAAACAUUUCAGCGCACCAUUAGCUCUUAUGUUUAUUGAGCUAUGAGGUUUGUGUUACUCUCUACUAUGCUUCAGAUGCAACAACUGGAGCCGAGGUUAAGCAGUGCUGGAGCGGUGCCACUUUAAACCUGGUUUUUAUGCAGAGGGGAUUUCUGGCGGCUGUAGUUUUCGGAAAGGUCGAGCUGGACUCAUCCGUUCCCUGUAAAGUUUUUUUUUUUUUUUUUUUUUUUUUUUUUUUGGCCCCCAGACAAGAUGCCACCAGUCGAUUGACCUGGUGAUGGCCAUCCGUCUUGGUCUGUCUUUCUGUCUGUCCAGGUCCCACCUCGGGUUUAGAUUGGCAGGCAAAUGAGGACAGCCAAUCGGGUCUCGUUUUGCUCAUCUUUCUAGUUUUCCUCAUUUUCUUCCUCUUAAACCCCUCCCUCCCUGCCACGAGAGAGGCCAGUUGAGAGAUUUUAUGAAUCACAACAUGAAAGGUGCUUAUAUAAAUAUAUAUAAAUAUAUAUAAAUGACAAAUACUUGUUUUUUUGUUUGUUUUUUUUUUUUUUGUUUGUUUUAUUUUGGGGUCUCUUAUUAUCCUGAUGGUACAGCCCAGUAUGGUUCUGAAUUGUAAAAACAUGCAUUGAGCUUGAGAAGUCUUAAAGAAGCCACUGUGUCAGAGAGAAAUGAGAAAACGGGGCGGUCUCUGUUUGCUUUUUAUUCUCUGCAGAGCCUGGUCUGUUUAUCUAGUAAAAAAAAACAUUAUUUACUGAAA